AUGCACUUGAUUUAAUCCAGCGUUAAUAUUGUUCACUGUCUCCGGACAGUUUCAAUGUAAGCAGAGAUGUUCUCAAUUAGCCAGAAGAACCUUCGUCAUUCGUCUUUAGACAUCAGUGGACCUCAAGAGAAGAAACAUCCCUCAAAAGACAGAGAGGCACUCUCUGAGAAGAUUCCAAUAUUUUCUGAAUGCAUCAAAAGGGAUAGAGGAAUUGAUGAAGAUUCUCAGGUGAUGAGCAAUCAAAUACUAUCACUUUCUUCAUUCGGGGCAUUGAAGUCAACUAUGGUAGCAAAAGAAAUGCCCUACUUCAUCUGGACAGUACGAAGAAAUAUAAUUGACUGCAACUAUUUACACAGUGACCAAAUGAUAAAUCAUUAUGGCGGGAAUGCAUCUUUUACAACCAAAGCCAGACUUUGCAUGAAUCUGAGGAAGUUGCCUUCCUAUUUGGAUGAGAGCGCUGACACUUUCUUUCCACGGUGCUAUCUAGUUUCUGAAGUGGAAGAAGAACGUGCUCUCUGCAAUGACUUCAGGCUUACUGGUGCAAUCAACAUAUUGAAAUGGGUAAUUUACAAUUCUGUAAAUGCUCCACAAAGUUCAAGCACUGGUCAAUUUCAGAUGAAUACAGAUGAUAGUGAAGGACCUAAAACAACCUCGGUGACAGAUUCUAUCAAGCCCAACAAAACAACUGAUCAGUUAUCCAAUGCACUGAUAGAAACUGCUAUCAAAGUGUGUGAAGAGUUUUUGCAAAGUCUGAAGCGUGCUGGAAAAUAUUUUGAAGUGAACAUCUCACCAAUGCUUAGCCAAAAGGAGUGGGAAAAUCUAAUUGAACAGCAUUACUCUCUCAUUCACAAUGAAGCUACAAUUCCUGGUUCACAAAAUUAUUUAAUUGAUUGCCAGAACAUUCUGAAUAGACUAAAAUCAGUGCGUCCACAGUUGGAAAUUGAUGGUAUCAGAAACAUCUGGAUUGUUAAACCAGCUGCAAAGUCACAGGGCCGAGGAAUAAAAUGUGUAGACAGGCUGGAUGAGUUUCUAAAACUGAAGGACUGUGACCCUUCUUUAAAAAACACCAAGUGGGUUGUGCAGAAGUAUAUUGAGAAGCCUCUCUUGAUUUAUGAUACUAAAUUCGACAUCAGAUUGUGGUUUCUUGUCACAGACUGGAACCCAAUAAACAUUUGGUUCUAUAAGGACUGCUACUUAAGAUUUUCCACACAGCCUUUCACACUCGAAAACCUAGACAGUUCAGUGCACCUCUGCAACAAUGCCAUUCAGAAGCGAUUAAAGCCCUCUGCUGAUCGUAACCCACUGGUGCCAAAAGAGAACAUGUGGUCAAGUAAUGAGUUCCAAGACUAUUUAAGAAUUAAAGGCCAUGACAUCAUCUGGCAGGAGACUGUCUACCCUUCCAUGAAAAAGGCUAUAAUUUGUUCUUUGGUGACGGUUCAGGCCAUUGUGCAAGCACGCAAAAACAAUUUUGGACUAUAUGGUGCUGAUUUCUUGCUGGGAGAAGAUUUUAAACCCUGGCUAAUUGAGAUCAACUUGAGUCCAAGCAUGUCACGUUCUACGUCUGUUACUGCCAUACUGUGUGCUAAUGUACAGGAAGACACUAUCAAAGUAAUCAUUGACAGAAAAUAUAAUAGCAAGUGUAAUAUUGGACGUUUUGAGUGUCUGUCUCAACAGGAAAGAAAAUACCUCAGCAAAGGAGCUCAUUCUCUUCAAGCAACAGUCCUGUCCAAAGACAAGUAGGAUUGUUUAAUGCAUCCAAAAAAUUCUGUGAAUUUUGUUUCUAUUUCAGUUGCGUGUGGUGCUUGCCUGUAGUUCUGAAAUGAUUUCACAUUCCAUAUAUUCUGGGAAUAUUAAAGAA